AUGGCCGGGCCGCUGCGGCUACUUGCGGCCACACUGCUGUGCCAGGUUUGCUCGGCGCCGGCACCCAGCAGCGGUGCUGAGGGUCAACAUGGAAACCUGCGAGGAAGUGUGGGUGGGCUGGAGCAGGUUCUGGUCUUCGACGCCGGGAGUAGUGGAACCCGCAUUCAUAUCUUCAACAUGUACAUGCCGAUGGCUGAUGCUCACGUGCCGAGAGUGGACCUCGCUGUCCGAGAUGCGCAAACGUUGAAGGUGAAGCCUGGGCUCUCGGAGUUCGCUAAGAAGGAGGACCUCGAGGGCUGCAGGCUGAACAUCCAAGACCUGGUAAAGUUUGCCAACAAGUUCGUGGCUGAAGAGCGCCGCGCGAAAACUCCCGUCCUGCUGAAGGCGACGGCGGGCCUUCGGGCAGUUCCCGAAGCCAAAGCAGACGCGGUGCUCAGAACUGUUCGCUCCACCUUGAAAGACUCGGGCUACCAGUUUCAAGACUCGUGGGCCGACAUCAUCAAGGGCAAGGAAGAGGCCGCCCUAGCCUGGAUCGCAGCAAACUACCUGCGGGGCAGCUUCAACGUGGAUUCGGACGUCCCGUCCAUGGGCGUGAUCGAGAUGGGUGGCGGGUCAACUCAGGUGACCUUCGAAGUGGGGGUCGACGAGUUUGCAUCUUGGCCUUCGCUUGAAGACUUCGGGCAGCCAGCAGAGGGAGACUACAUGACGUCGGAUUCUGAAUGUGGGGUGGGCCAGGAUAAGGUGGGUCACAGGGCAGGGGAUGAAGAGGAGGGGAAGCAGGAGAUUCGUGUAGGAAUCUCUGACCACGUCGGCCGGGGCAGAGGCGAAUAUGGGAAUGUCCCAUCUGCCAACUGA